AUGGGGGUCCCCAAGAGGAAGGUCUCAGGCGGCCAGGACGGCGCGGCUGCCCCGGCGGGCGCAGCCAAGCGGGCCCGCACCGAAGAGCUCACGGGCGUGCGCUUCAAGGCUCAGCUGAGGGACCCGCAGGGCGCGGGGCCGGCCCUGGAGGCAUUUGUUUCUGCUGCUAAGAAGCUCCCCCAAGAAGAUGUGUAUGAUGUUGUGGAGGGGUACAUCAAGAUUUCUGUGGAGUGUGCUGAGAUUUUCCAGCUCCUGAGUGGGGAGAAGCGCCCUGAAAGUGAAAUGCUUUUAGUAUUUCAAGUUUUUGAGGCCAUAUUAUUGCGGACAGCCAGUGACCUUUCCCAUUUUCACGUGGUGGGGACCAACAUCGUGAAGAAGCUAAUGAAUAACCACAUGAAGCUCAUCUGUGAGUCCCUGUAUGCCUCAGGUUACAGGAUGGCUCGGGCCUGCCUGAACCUGAUGGCUGCCAUGGUGACCCAGGGUCCCGAGGCCGCCAGGGACGUCUGCAGCCAUUUCGAUUUGAAUAAGAAGACCUUGUACGCCCUGGUGACCAAGAGGGAUCCAAAGGGAGUACCUGACGUCCGGCUGGCCUACAUUCAGUUCGCCCUUUCCUUUCUGAUUGCCGGCGAUGACAGCACAGUCACGCAAGUGCUGGAGUUGAAAGAAUUUAUUCCUUGCAUUUUUAGCUCAGGCAUCAAGGAAGAUAGGAUCUCCACCAUCAACAUUUUGUUGUCCACACUGAAAACAAAGGUAGUUCACAAUAAAAAUAUCACAAAAACCCAGAAGGUGCAUUUCUUUACUGCACAAGUGCUGAACCACAUAGCAUCUCUCUACAGCUGGAAGGGGAUUGUCGACGUGAGCCUGGACACCGUCGAGACUUCUGCUGAAGAUGCAGGGAAGACCAUGGUGCGGGAGCUUGUUCAUAACUUCCUGAUGGAUCUAUGCUGUUCGCUCAAGCAUGGGAUUAAUUUUUACGACGCAUCUCUCGGUACCUUCGGCAGAGGGGGAAACCUGACUCUCCUGCACUUCCUGCUGGGUUUGAAAACCGCAGCGGAUGACGAGCUGGUCGCUGAACUGGUGGUGAACAUUCUGAAAGUGUGCCCGGACCUACUGAACAAGUACUUCAAGGAAGUGACGUUUUCCUUUCUCCCAAGGGCGAAGUCCACUUGGUCAAAUAACAUCAGGCUGCUAAACAAGAUCUACGCUGCCCAGCCAGACAUCUCCCGGGCGUUUCAGACCCGAGAGUUCAUCCCGCUGCCCCGGCUUCUGGCCAUGGUGAUGGUGACCACCGCGCCCCUGGUGUGCAACAAGAUCAUGUUCACACAGGCACUGAAUUUGGACAGCGUAUCCAUGAAACACACAGCUUUAUCCCUCGUUGCCGUCAUUUUGAAGAGAGCCUUCAAGACCAUCGAGCACUGCCUGAAUAAAGAGGCCUGGCGGGAGUCAGGCGUCUACACGGCCGCCAUGAUGGAAGACUUCGUGCAGCUGUUGAGAGAGGCUCUGAGCAAGAUUUUACCAGACCUGAAUGCCAUCAUCUGGGUCUGGCAGUCUCUGAGGAAGCAGGAUUCAGAACAGGAGGAUGGGAAAGGAAAGAAAAAGGCCAGCAGGACUGCUGCUCCCUGUGUGGCUCCUGAGAGCGAUGACGCAGAAACCAUUCUUCUGAAAGCCGUGCUGCUCCAGGUCAUCUGCCUCUACCAGAAGGUGGUCCCGCACGUGGUCGCGCAGAACAACUUCGACUUCAGCAAGCUCCUGAAAGGGGUCAUCUCAGAGGAGGGCCUGCGGGAGGAGGUGCCCCCGCUUCUGCAGCACCACAUUCUCAAGGUGGCCCUGGAGCUGCCCGCCAGCAAGUUUCUGUGGUUAAAGGCCCAGGAAGGCCCAGAUGCAGAAAUCAUCGGAGGCAAGCGAUCGGUAUUUUACUUACUGAUGAAAAUGUUUGUGACCAGUGUCCAUUCACAGCUCAAGUCAUCAACCAAACUUCUGAUUGUGAAGAUCCUGCGGGACACGGGCGUGUUUGAGCACACCUGGCCGGAGCUGGAGCUGUGGCUGGAGCACUUGGAUGGCACGGCGGAGGAGAGCAAGGAGGCCGUGAUUCAGUUUUUGGAACGCGUCCUCCUGACGCUGGUGGCGAAUCCAUAUUCGUACACGGACAAGGCGUCUGACUUCGUCCAGGAAGCCAGCACCGUGCAGGCUGCCGGGAUGCGGCAGGACGCCGAUGACGCCAGCAUUCCCAUCUCCCACAUCGAUGAUGUUCUCGACAUGGUGGAUGUGCUGGUGGAGGGCAGCGAAGGCUUGGAUGAGGAGGUUGGCUUCGUACUGAAUGAAGACAUGAUCCUUCUCACGUUCCCGUUCAGUGCCGUGGUCCCCGCCGCCCUGGAGGCCAGGAAUAAGCUGCUCCUUGGAACAGCAAGCGAAGCAGGAGAGAGCAUCGUGGCAUAUCUGACCAGGGUUCUCACAGACCUGCUCCACACCCAGAGAGACCCGCUGGCCCUGUGUCUUCUGCUUCAGUCUUACGACCAGUUGACGCCUCCGAGCCUGCCUUGCCGCCGCCGGCUGUCCCAGUUCAACAGAUACUACAGCCUCUGGAUCCCAGAGCCAGCCCGCAAGGCCCUGCCACUGCAGACUUCGGGCAGCCCUGCCCCGCCGGGCCCCGCGGCCCCCUCCUUCUCCUCCCUGCUGCAGACAGCCUACGCCAGUCAGGACCAAGGCCAGGGCCCGGGCGGGCUCCCACUUCUGGACGAGGGGGUUCAGGCGCAGCUGCGGGCCGCCCUCCUGCGCCUCCCGAUGCACCAGGCCCUGCGCGCCGCCAAACACCUGCUGCUGUACGUCAGGAGCGCCGUGGAGAACUUCGCCCAGCUGGGCCGGAGUGCGGGGCCAGCCCUGCUGCAGCUGCUCCUGGGUCUCCUCCGGCGCCUGGUCAUCCACUGCCAGCAGCUGGUCGCCCAGAGCCCGCAGAAGUGCCAGGCUGCCCAGGCCGAGUCCCACCUCUUUGUUGACAUGGAGUCCAUGGCCUCGCUGGAGCUGGCCAGCGACAAGACGCUGGAGGAGGUGCUGGUGGCCGUCCUCAGGCACCCCACGCUGGAGGGCUGGUUCCUGGCCCUGGAGCGGCAGGCCCUCCCGCCGCACGCCCUCAGCCCGGUCCUCGUGAAGCUCCUGGCGGCCAGCCUCAGCUCGGGAAUCCUUCCGCUGCUGGUGGCCAGUGCCCCGGCCCUGCGGAGCCUUGGUCAGCUGGGGCUGCUGGCCAGGUACUCGGAGGCCGUCACCCAGAGCAUCCUCCGUGAGCUGCGCAGCCCAAGGGCCGGCUUGGCCAUGCCGAUGCCGAAGACCCUCCUCCCUCUGCUCGAGGCGCUGCGGGGGCUGCACCCCUACAUGGAGGACGCCCUGCUCCGGGAGGUCACCCUGGCCCUGCUGAGCCUGCCUGAGGCCUGCCUGGCGACCCAGCGACCCACCCAGCCCCCCCGGAAGGAGAGACCGCUGACCGCCCUCGGGAGGACCCUGGUCCAGCUGCUGAGCGGCCGCGCCCAGGAGCAGCUGCGGAGCGGGGAGCUCCUCUGGGCCUCUGAGUACGCGCGGGGCCUGGCAGCUCUGCUGCCCGCGCUGGCCGUGGCCGAGCUGGACGCCGUGCUCCUCGGGGCUCUGCAGAGAGAGCCGGCACUGGUCCCCGCGGUCGGGCUGACCCUGCUCGAUGACUGCCUGGAGCGGCGGACGCCGGCAGCCCUGGCCGUGGCCGCCCUGCUCCUGCGGCACAGCUGGCCCCACCAGCUGCACUUCGAGCGCUGGUGCAGGCAGGCUGGCUCCGGACUCCGCCUGCGGGAGGCCCCAGACGACUUCCUCCCCAUCGUCCACGUGUACCUGCAGGGCAGGACGCAAGGAUGCUUCACACGCCCUGCAGGAGCUUCGUCUGCUGUCAUUCCUGUCUUGAGGAAGGCCCUGUGGACGCCGCUGCAGACCAGGCUUCUCAGCGCCGACGGGCCCUCAGAGUCCGGGCUGCCACAGCAGAUCCUGGCCCAGCUGGUCCCAUUUGCCAGAGCCAAGGACCUGCGUGCCCUCAUGGACCGCUUGCCCAGGUUGCUGCAGACUCCAGCCAGUCACACGAGCUGGGUCGUGGCUGACGCCAUCUCAGCUGUCCUGGAAGGGUCAGCAGAAGAGCUGCAAGCCUGGAAAAAGACUCUACUAAAGGCCUGUGUGCAGUGGCUGAUUGCAUCCUUCAGUGGCGGCCAGCAGGAGGAUGGUACCCAGAAUCAGGAGAAGCAAAUGCUGCUGAGGUUAAACGAACUGUUGAAUUCACUUAAUGAAGUUGACGCUGGUGAUUGGCAGAAAUUUGUGAAGACCGGACUCAAGUUUCGGUAUCAGGACCAUGCGUUUCUGGAAGCCCUCGGAGCCGCCAUGCAGCUCUUGUACCUCCCGGAAAGCCCCACGCGCUCGCAGCUGACACAGCUCCCCGUGGUCCACAUGAUGCUCACCCAGCACUCCCUGUUCCUGCCCACCCUGCUGCGGGCCGCAGAGGAGGAGCCCGCAGACAGCCCCGUGCGAGAAGCGCUGGUGGACCUGAUGGCGGGCGUGGUGCAGCUGUGCCCCUCUGUCUGUGCAAGCAGCCACUUUGCGGUGCUCCUUGGGGCCUACGGUGCCUCACUCAGCAUCCUGGACCAGAAGAUCUUACUGCUGCUGCGGGCGUACGAACAGAACAGCCACAGCCUCAUCAGCUUCAGGGUGCUGCUGUGGGGCCCAGCGGCCGUGGAGCAUCAGAAGACAUGCCGGAGCCUGGGCAAGUCUCUGUGGCAACAGCCGAGCGUCGGGGACAUCCUCCGCCUGCUGGAUCGAGACCGCGUGAUGAAGACCAUCCUCCACUUCCCCCAGAACCGGAGGCUGCUGCCCCCCGAGGACGCACAGGAGCCGAUAUUUAAAGACAGGAGCACAGUGGAUCUCGGUGACCUUUAUGACCCCUGUUUCCUCCUCCAUCUCUUCAGUGAGCUGACCAGGCCAGAAUUUGUGGUGGACUGUAGAAAAUUCGUGGAUUCCAACGCUCUGGGCCUGACCGUCACGGCCCUCAGCAGCUACGACCCGCAGAUGCGCGCUGCAGCCUAUUCGGUGCUGGCGGCCUACUACUCGCAGCUGGAGGGGGCACGCUUCCGGGAGCAGCCGCAGGUACUGUACCUGUUGGACGUGGUCCGGAACGGGAUCCGAACCAAGAACAUGAGACUCACCUUCACCCUGACUCUCUUCAUUGCCAAGGCAGCUGUGCAGAUUUUGAAACCAGAGGAGCACAUGUACAUGAAGAUCAACAAGUUCCUGCUGUCCCACGAGUACCUGAACAUGAGCAAAGUUCCAGGCUUCUACCAGUUCUUCUAUAGCUCAGACUUCGAGCAGAAGACGGAGCGGGAGUGGGUGUUGGGGCUCCUCCGCCAGGGAAUGCGGGACAAGCACUGCUUCGAGCUGUGUGCCAGGCGGGGCGUCCUCCACAUCGUCCUGUCCUUCUUCAGCAACCCGCUGUGCGAUGAGGCGGCCCAGAACUGUAUUCUGGAGAUUCUGCAGAAUGCCGCCCGGGACGCCAGGUCUGCCUAUGAGAUGCUGCGGGACUGCAGCCUCUUGACGUGGGUCCUAAACAUCCUGGAGAGCAAGUUUCUGGAAACUGAACUGCUCUCUAACCUCAUCUCCCUGCUGCACACGCUGUGGGUGACCACGCUGGGCAACAGAGACGUGCCGGCCGGGGCGCAGCCUCCCUGCAAGCCUGGGUCCCAGGAGCCCCCGAAGCUGCUGGCCCUGCACCUGGUGGACGAGUUCCUCUACGUUCUCCUUGUGCUCACGAAGCACCUGAGGCCCACCUUGGCCUCCACCCAGCUGACCGGCUUCUUUGGGGCGCUCGACUCGGUCCUGAGGUACCGGGCUACCGUGCUGCAGGCCUUCAAGGACAUGAACCGCCUGACCGUGAACGCCACGGUGCUGUCCACCCGGGACGUCCUCGUGCUCCUGCACAAGUGGAACCUCGUGGAGAGAGACGUCCGGCUGCAGGAGGACCUGAGGGCCGCCGCGGAGAAGUGCCAAGUCCGGGAGCUGCUGAAGAUGCUCAAGGAGAAGAACAAGCCUGGCGCGCCAGCCCGAGCCAAAGGCCCGCGGGCCCGGAAGCGGAGACCCGGCGAGGCGGAGGAGGUGGCGGACCCCGAGCUGCCGGCGUCCACCCUGGAGGCCUGCAGGGGCCUCCUGAGGUCCAUCCUGACCCACUGGGAGCCCGAGGUCCCUGGCGCCGACCCGGAGCGUGAAGACACAGGCCCUGUGGGUGCCAUCGCCUCCCUGGUGGCCAGCUGGGUGCUGCGCUCCGCAGCUGGGAGCCCGCUUGGCCGGGCGGACGCGGCGGGCCUCCUGGGCUGGCUCGAGAGCCACAUCCUGCCGCGGCCCGCGGUGGUGGCUGAGCUCCUCCGCGACGGCGCCGUGACGAGCGGCCUAUUCCGCCUGUACAGCAGGUUCUGCGGCGCUGCGGAGCCGGAGGGGCCAGAGGACCGCUUGGUCGGCCUCUUCAACACAGUCCUGCUGCGGCUGGUGGCGGCCCGGGGCCCCGUGACGAGCUCCCUCCAGCCGGUGCUUGAGGCCGUCCACGUCUCCUCCCUGGACGCCAAGGAGGAUGCGGACACACGAGCUGCCGCUGCGUUCCUGAUGUCUCUGUACAUUAAGGACAUCUGGCUGGGGGCCCAGCGGCCAGACACUCUCCUGAGCCAUGUCCGGAUGGUCCUCAACGCCGCGGAGGAGUCGGGAGGGGGUGACGAGGAGGCCAUCGUCCGGCUCUGCAGGGACAUCGCGGCCACGGUCCCUGACACCUGA